CGAAGUUAAGCGGAAAUAGAAAGCCUUCUUUUCUCUAUUUAAGCGCGCCAACAAAGACUAUCACAGGGGAUCUAUCUGUACUUAGUUCGCUGCACACUAGACCGUGUGUUUUGUCUGUCCAUUGUCUCUGCUUUCGUCCUGGGAAAAAAUGCCAGAGGAAACGUCCGCAGCGUCAAGCUCUGGAAGUGCGGAGGAGAAGCCGUGCUCAUCAGCAGCUGCAGACAGUUCUGUUGACGCUAUGGAGGAGGCAAAGAAACUGAUCGGCACAGGGAACCGGCAUCUAGUGAUGGGCGAUGUCGUUUCUGCUGUCAGUGUCUUCCAGGACGCCUGCAGCAUCCUGGCUGCAAAGUACGGGGACACUGCAGAUGAGUGUGGUGAGGCUUUUUUCCUCUGUGGGAAGUCCCUACUGGAGCUUGCCAGGAUGGAAAACGGUGUCCUUGGUAAUGCGCUGGAGGGAGUCCCAGAAGAAUCUGAGGAAGAGGAGCAGCCUAAAAACUCAAAUAUUGAGAGCGCCAACAAUCUUGAUGAUGAUGAUGAUGAUGACGACGAUGAUGAUGACGAUGAGGAUGGAGAGAGAAAUGGAGAAGAUAAGGAAGAAGAGGAUGAAGUUGGGAAUUUACAGUUGGCUUGGGAGAUGCUGGAAGUAGCUAAAGUCAUCUACAAAAGAAAGGAAAGCAAAGACGACCAGCUGAUGGCAGCCCAGACAUAUCUGAAACUCGGAGAAGUCAGUGCUGAAUCAGGUAACUAUCCCCAGGCGCUAGAAGACUUCCAGGAGUGUCUUGCCCUACAGCUAAAGCACUUACCUCCACACAGUCGCCUGCUGGCUGAGACCCACUACCACGUUGCCACUACCCUGUGCUACAUGGAUCAGUACAGCCAGGCCAUCCAGCACUACAACAGUUCCAUAAAAGUCAUUGAGACUCGUCUGGCCAUGUUGCAGGAAGUGAUAGCUUCAGCAGAUGGGGCAGGAGAGGAGACGAAUGAAAUGGAGGAGCUGAAGCAGCUUCUGCCUGACAUCAGGGAAAAGGUUGAGGAUGCCAAAGAGAGCCAGAAAACGGCUAGCACUGCCUCCCAGGCCAUCCAGCAGACACUAGGUGGAGCCUCAACUUCAUCAGCAUUUCUAUGUGAAAAUGGGGAACCUUCAUCAUCCUCAGCAUUUGAACCAGCCAACCAGAUCCCUGUCAAACCAUCUAGCAGCGCCUCGUCUUCCAAAGCCCCCUCAGACAUUUCCCACCUCGUCAGGAAAAAGAGGAAACCAGAGGAGGAGAGCCCAGUAAAGGACACUGAUGCUAAACAAGUGAAACAGGAAGCUACAGUUAAUGGCAGCAGUGACUCUAGUGCCAGCAACGGCAAUGGAGUCCAGGAGGCAAAAUCACAGGAGCCUGCCAACCAGUCAUCCUCUGUCAAGUCUUCAGCGUGACUAUUGUCAUCUCUUUCCUGAUCUUCAAAACCAGCACAGCAUGCCGGUCUAGCUCCUCUCCACCUUCGACACUUGUUUCUGUAAAUAAGAUCCAUUUUCAUAGAUCUGUCUGUCCAGUUUUGUAUACUUGUAGUUUAAAAAAAAAAAGAAUAAAAAAAAUUU